AUGACGAUCGUUCUCAUUCUCUUGGGUAUAAUUGCCGAGUUUCCAAUAUUUCAAAAAGAUCCAAUGCGUAAGGUCGCUACUGUUUCUUCGCCAUUUGCAUUUAUGAAUUUGCGUAAUUUGGAAAUGAAUGGCAAAUUGUUGAAAAAUGAGAACUUCAUAUACGAUGUUCAUUAG